CUCAAUGGAGAACAGGUUCAUCCCACAGGCCAUUGAGAUCGUGACGCAGGCCAUCAAUGAGGACAACGGCAAGAACUACCACGAGGCAUUUCGCCUGUACAAGAAGGCGCUAGAGCACUUCAUGGUCGGCGUCAAAUACGAGAAGAACCCAACUUCUAAGGAGGUUAUCAUGAAGCGCGUGGAAGGGUAUAUGACGCGCGCGGAGCAGCUGCGAGGCAUGCUGGAAAAAGAAAACGCGCCCAAGCCAGUGGCAGCAGCUGUAGACAUAGACAAAGGCGACAAGGAAGACGACGAUGAGACGGACGUGGAAACAGCCAAACUGCGCGGCUCCCUUGCUUCGGCGGUGGUGUCGGAGAAGCCAAAUGUCAAGUGGGACGAUGUUGCUGGGCUAGACGCUGCAAAAGAGGCACUGAAAGAAGCAGUCAUCUUGCCGGCGCGUUUUCCGCAGCUCUUCACGGGCAAGCGGCGUCCCUGGAAGGGGAUUCUUCUCUAUGGGCCGCCAGGUACGGGUAAGUCGUAUCUUGCCCAGGCCGUCGCAACUGAAGCAGACGCCACGUUUUUCUCCGUCUCAUCUUCAAGCUUGGUGUCGAAGUGGCAAGGUGAAAGCGAAAAAUUGGUUAAGAACCUCUUCGAAAUGGCGCGUGAGAAAAAGCCUGCGAUAGUAUUCAUAGAUGAAAUCGACUCGCUGUGCUCAAGUAGAUCUGAAGGUGAAAGCGAUUCAACGCGCCGUAUCAAAAACGAGUUUCUUGUUCAGAUGCAAGGUAUGGGCAACAACCAUGACGGCGUUUUGGUGCUCGGAGCUACGAACGUACCAUGGGAACUCGAUCCAGCUAUGCGACGGCGAUUCGAAAAACGCAUUUACAUUCCUCUUCCUGAUAUCAAUGCCCGGAAGGUGAUGCUGGGAAUUCACCUGGGAGAUACGCCCAACGAGCUGAGUGAUAACAACUUCGCGGCGAUCGCAGAGAAAACAGAAGGGUGCUCUGGUUCAGACAUCUCGGUGCUUGUCCGAGAUGCGCUAAUGGAGCCCCUACGAAAAUGUCAACAAGCUCAGUUUUUUACUGCGUGUAACGACAAGGCACGCCCUGUCCGGAAUGGUCAAUUCUUGACACCUUGCGAAGACGACCCACCAUGUGCGUAUUGCCACAUGAAGCUCUCUUCGUGCCGCUCAAAGUGUCCGGACUGCAAAGCCCCUUGUCAACUUUGCGGAGCACUGCGCAUGCGACUAUACGACCUACCAGAGCGUGGCUACUCUGAUGAAAAGCUGCGACCGCCAAUGAUCUCGAUGAGUGACUUCACACGUGUACUGGCACAUUCAACAGCAACUGUUGCCCCUGAUGAGCUAAACCGCUUUGUGAAAUGGACGCAGGAGUUUGGACAAGAAGGCUAGAUCAACACAACGAGACAGAUGACUUCGUCAAAUUCAUCUUUCAAAAGCCGUGUCAAUAUAUCUGCCUAUUUCUUCAUUUCGGACAUCGAUUCAAUCAAACCAUCCAGCUCGUCGGCAGAAAAGUGAUGUACAUCAUUACAAAAAUGACAAGUCAGAUCCACGCCAGCGCUGCCAACGUUGGCUGCAAUUUGCUUGAGAUCGGUGGGUCCCAUGUCCUUAAGACGCUGUGCGUAGUUAUCCUUGGAGCAGCGGCAAUGGUAAUCCAGUGGCACACGCUUGCAGUCUUUAUCCGUUAAGUUAGCCCCCAAAAUCAGUUCAUUCAGAUACUCCAACAGGUCGGUGUUCUUCUUCAACUCCGCGGCACAAAACGGGAGUUUGUCGAAUGCCAGGUCGUUUAAUUCAAAGUGUCGCCCAUGUUCCACCGUUGGAGGCAUUAUCUGAACAAUGAGACCACAGGUGCGGGUAUGAUCUUCGUCGGACUCACUAUCCAUGCGCACGAUAGUCGGAACCUGCUCUGAUACGUCGAAAAACCUCUGCCAGUCGAGUUCAGGCACCCCAGAUGCUUCAAUGGACGUGUUGUAUGAUUUCGCAGCGCCAUACAGAAUCUUGGAAACGUGCAUGUGUCCUCCAUGUUCCGGAACCCCAGCACGUGAUUGAUCCACGUAAACAACUUUGCCUCGAACCUAUUUCAGAUAAAAUAUUAUUCACCUUCAUUGCAAUACUGCAACAAAUUCGCACCUCUCCGACGGCCAUCGCCUCGACGUAGAGCUCCUGAAUGUUGGGUGUCUUGAUCAUCAUCUUGACGCGCUCCUCCCCCUUUAAAAGGGAGCUGAGCAUGGCAGUGCCCGCCAUGUACUCACCCCAGAGCUUCGUACCGUCAGAGGUGAGCGGUAGCCCCCACCGCCGCGACACGUCCUCCACGACAUCGCGCGUCAUCACUCCAGACACUCGCAGGUUGCCUACAUGGCAACGAACCACCACAUCUCGCAAGGGACGCUUCCA